GGUUGGUUGUUUUGCCUCUCUAUUCAGGACUCCCACGUGCUGAUCAGGAGUUAGUGUUUUCUCCAACUCCUAGAGGAAAGAGGAAAGUAGUAAUUUCUACUAAUAUAGCAGAGACAUCACUCACAUUGGAGGGCAUUGUCUAUGUUGUUGACAGUGGAUUCUCAAAACAGCGAUUCUACAAUCCGGUCUCUGAUAUUGAAAAUCUGGUUGUGGCACCAAUUUCUAGGGCUUCUGCUAGACAGAGAGCUGGUAGGGCUGGACGAGUUCGCCCAGGAAAGUGUUACAGGCUAUACACAGAAGAAUAUUUUCUUAGCCACAUGUCUAUUGAGGGAGUUCCAGAGAUACAGAGAUCUAAUCUUGUCUCCUGUGUAAUCCAGUUAAAGGCUUUGGGAAUCGAUAAUAUAUUGGGAUUUGACUGGCCAGCAUCUCCAUCACCUGAAGCAAUGAUCCGAGCACUGGAAGUUCUCUACUCACUCGCGAUCUUGGAUGAUGAUGCCAAGCUUACUUCACCAACUGGAUUUCAAAUUGCAGAAAUUCCACUUGAGCCUAUGAUCUCAAAAAUGAUAAUAGCUUCUAGUCAACUCGGAUGCUCAGAGGAGAUACUCACAAUUGCUGCGGCUCUUUCCGUCCAAUCCAUCUGGAUCUCAGGGAGAGGGAUACAAAAGGAAUCAGAUGAAGCAAAAUUGAGAUUUGCUGCUGCCGAGGGCGACCAUGUAACUUUUCUAAAUGUCUACAAAGGUUUUCAUCUGUCUCGGAGAUCAUCACAGUGGUGUCACAAGCAUUUUGUGAACUACCAUGCCAUGAAAAAGGUUGUUGAAGUUAGAGAACAACUCAGAAGAGUUGCACAGAGGAUUGGCUUAGUCUUAAAAUCGUGCGACAGUGAUAUGCAGGUUGUUAAGAAAGCUGUUACUGCUGGCUUUUUUGCUAAUGCAUGUCGUCUUGAGCCAUACAGUCCUGAUGGGAUGUACAAGACGCUAAGAGGAUCAGAAGAAGUAUAUAUUCAUCCAUCAUCAGUGCUUUUCAGAGUAAAUCCAAAGUGGGUUAUAUUCAAUUCUCUAGUAUCAACUGAUCGGAAAUAUAUGCGUAAUGUGAUGACAAUAGAUCCCUCAUGGUUAUUGGAGGCUGCUCCUCAUUUCUACCAGUUGCAGAAACCUAAUCUUCUUCACUAA